UCAGGAUCCCGGGGAGGAAGAGAAAAGGGUGACCGUAUCUCUGAUUCCCACUUCAGACAGUCAGACUCUGGCCCCUGUGGGUAGGUAGCUCUCCUCCUCGCUGCGCUUGCUGCUUUGACCUUCCACCUCUCGAUCCACCGGAGCCAGAAGGCCGCCGCAGUCUUCCGAAGCCGCCAUGGACCCAGCCUCCGAGGUCGAGUACGAGAUCCCCACCAUGCUGCGCGUGCACAAGAGCGGCCGCGUCGAGCGCCUCGACGGCACCGAGACAGUCCCGCCUUCCCCCUCCGGCGACCCGGCCACUGGCGUCGCCUCCAAGGACGUCGUCCUCGACCCCGCUUCCAACCUCUCCGCCCGCCUCUACCUCCCCACCGCCGCCGCAGUCGCGGCGGGGGAGAAGAAGCUCCCAGUCGUCGUCUUCUUCCACGGCGGCGCCUUCAUGAUCCAGAACGCCGCGUCCCCGCUCUACCACCCGUACGCGGCCUCCCUCGCCGCCGCCGCGCCCGCGCUCGUCGUCUCCGUCGACUACCGCCUCGCGCCGGAGCACCCGCUCCCGGCCGCCUACGACGACGCCUUCGCCGCCCUCAAGGCGGUCGUCGACGCGCUCCUCCGCCCGGGCGCCGACGCCGAGCUCAGCUGGCUGGCCGCGCACGGCGACGCCUCCCGCGUCGUCAUGGCCGGCGACAGCGCCGGCGCGAACAUGGCGCACAACACCGCCAUCAGGCUGCGGAAGGAAGGCGGCAUCCAUGGCUACGGCGACAAGGUCAGCGGGCUCGCGCUCCUGCACGCCUACUUCUGGGGAAAAGAGCCCGUGGGCGGGGAGCCCGCGGACGCCGGGUACCGUGGCGGGAUCGAGCAGGUGUGGGAGCGCGCCUGCGGCGGCAGCUUCGGCCACGACCACCCGCACAUCAACCCGGCGGCGGCGCCGGAGGAGUGGAGGCGGAUCGGGUGCGGCCGCGUGCUGGUGGCCACGGCGGAGCUCUGCUUCUUCGCGGAGAGGGCGCGGGCUUACGCGGAGGGGAUCAAGAACUGUGGAUGGGAGGGCGAGGUCGAAUUUUACGAGACCAAGGGCGAGGGGCACGUCUACUUCCUGUUCAAGCCCGGCUGCGACGACGCCGUCAGGGAGCUCGCCGUCGUCGCCGACUUCGUAAGGCGCUGCUGAUGAUCCAGGUUUCACUAGUACUCCUAUAUACUCCGCAAUAAGGGAAGGAACAACAUGUACACUUUCUUGUGAUCUUUUGAUGGACAAGUGCAAAAUUCGAUCGAGAAAUGAUGCAAUGAUCUUGUUGAUCCUGAAUUUCUGAUCAAGAUCGCUAAAGAAUUCUGAACCUA